AUGGACAUAAACCCUGCCAGGAUAUCAGACGCAUCAAACCAAAAGCUCGAUGUGGUACAAGCACUCAAUAAGACCAGCACAACUGAAUCUCAACAAGCUAAAGGAGAGAUGCACUCGAAAAUGCCCAAUUUGCUGUGGGUGGUCAUAUUGGAGCUUAUCAAGUUGAACUUCGCCGUAAUGAAGUUGUAG